CUCGCACGUGCAAUAAUUGUCGAGCCGGCUCAGUUAAAACCACCUCUUGUCCAUUGUACCGCGACAGUCGACCGUACUACCUUCGCGGGCGAAGUACGCCACCACACGGCCGAACAACUUCACAAUACGCGCGGAAAAAAUCGUAAACAAAAACUAACCAACUAAAUGGUUCAACUACCAAUAAAAAAUAUAGGUCAAAAAUAGAACAGCCUAUAUGGAGCGCGCGCUGUAGUUCGAAUCUUUAAAAGUGCGCGGUUUUUAAGUUUAGUUUUUUUUUAGUUUAAUUUUGCAGUGAAAAUGGGUUUGAAGCCGGAAGAUGAUAAGAGGCCGAGCAAGAUGGCGAUUAUGGAUGAUGUUUCGGAUACACCACGCGGCUUGGGCACACGGCACUUCGUCACUUUCAUGUUGUUCCUCGGCAUGGCCAACGCCUACGUCAUGCGGACCAACAUGUCAGUGGCCAUCGUGGCCAUGGUCAACCACACGGCGCUGCCGACAACCCACGAGGCCACGGACGACGAGUGCGGCGUGGACACUAGGAACAGCACUGUGACAAUGCAGGACGGAUCAUUUGUAUGGAGUUCCACUCUGCAGGGCUACAUCCUGUCUUCGUUCUUCUACGGAUACGUCCUAACACAGAUCCCGUUUGGAAUUUUAUCAAAGAGGUUCGGAGCUCGCUUCUUUCUCGGUGUUGGUAUGCUGAUCAACUCAGUCUUCGGCUUACUGGUGCCCAUUGCGGCUGAGAGAGGCUACCAGUGGCUCAUCUUAGUCCGCUUUAUCCAGGGUCUCGGUGAGGGUCCUAUAGUGCCGUGCUCUCACGCCAUGUUGGCCAAGUGGAUUCCACCCAACGAGAGGAGUAGAAUGGGAGCCGCGGUUUAUGCUGGAGCACAAUUCGGCACAGUCAUCUCAAUGCCGCUCUCCGGUCUCCUGUCCGAAUACGGCUUCUCUGGCGGCUGGCCGUCCAUCUUCUACGUGUUCGGUCUCGUGGGCACGGUGUGGUCACUGGCCUUCUUGUUCCUCGUGUCUGAGGAUCCGGAGCACUGUCCCAAGAUUAAGGAGGCUGAGAAGAAGUAUAUUCUCAGUUCGCUUUGGGGCGCUGCUGGGUCUAGCUCGCCACCGAUCCCGUGGAGCAAGAUCCUGCUGUCCAUGCCGUUCUGGGCGAUCAUGCUGGCGCACAUGGGCCAGAACUACGGCUACGAGACCCUGAUGACGGAGCUGCCCACCUUCAUGCGGCAAGUCCUGCACUUCUCCAUCAAAGAUAACGGCUUCGUAUCCGCCCUCCCGUACCUGUGCAUGUGGCUAUUCUCAAUGUUCAUCUCCGUGGUCGCCGACUGGAUGUUGUCCAGCGGACGCUUCAACCACACGCAAGUCAGGAAGAUUAUCAACAGUAUUGGUGAAUACGGCCCCGCUAUCGGCCUCUUCAUAGCCGCGAACACCGGCUGCGAUAAGUCCGCCACCGUCGCCAUCCUGGCCAUCGGUGUUGGUCUCAACGGUGGUAUCUACUCUGGAUUCAAGGUGAACCACUUGGACAUCUCGCCGCGCUUCGCCGGUAUUCUGAUGGCGUUCACCAAUUGUCUCGCCAACUUGACGGGUCUAUUGGCGCCCAUCGUCGCUGGAUAUAUCAUUGAGGGCAAUCCAUCGCAAGCUCAAUGGCGCAAAGUAUUCUACAUCGCCGGGGGUAUCUACAUAUUCGCGGCUACCUUCUACAACGUGUUCGGCUCCGGCCGAAGACAGGAGUGGGACAACCCUGCCGAGGACGCGGCCCUGGCCCAGAAGGCGGCCGACAAGAAACAAGCCAAGGUAGACAAGAAAAUGGCGAAAGACGGUAGUGAAGCUGAGACGGCACAGUGAGAGUUCAAAAUGGCGGAUUGCGUUAGAGUUGCCAGCUGAAU